UGCGCCCUUGACAACGACGCCGCGUUGCUAGGGCGCCGCCCGGCAGCAGCGCCGUUGGGCUCGGGGCUGGCUGGCAGGAGAGUCCGGGGCGGCGCGGCCCGUCCCAGGCCGUGGGGGGAGCGCGCGGGAUGCUGAAGGCCAAGAUCCUGUUCGUGGGCCCCAGUGAGUCUGGAAAAUCCGUCUUGGCAAACUUCCUGUCCGAGAGCACAGAAGGCAUUAGCAGCUACGUCCCCACUCAGGGAGUGAGGAUCCUGGAAUAUGAGAAACCAAAUAUGAAUGGCAACAGUAAAGGGGCGGGGUGUCGAUUUGAGCUGUGGGAUUGUGGCGGUGAUCAAAAGUUUGAAACUUGCUGGCCAGCUCUGAUGAAAGACUCCCAUGGUGUUGUAAUAGUCUUCAACCCAGAACUGCCCAGUCACCUGAAGGAAAUUGAAAUGUGGUACUCCUGCUUUGUGCAGCAACAGCAGUUACUAGAUAGCCAGUGUCUCCUGAUUGCACACCACAAACCAGGCAGUGCAGGGGACACAGAAAACCUGUCCUUGGCUUCACCACUGAGCAAACUGAAACUAAUACACUCCAGCCUGGAAGAAGAUCCUGAGGAUGUCCGCAUGGAAUUUGUGAAAUACUUCAAAAGCAUUAUCAACUUGCUAAAUGAGAGCAGAGACAGGGAAGAGAUGUCAAUUAUUACCUAAUCCUGGGAGAAAUACUGAAGUAAGAGAGAUACAGUACUUCUUUCAUUAUGGAAUCUGCCCAAUCCAGGAAACAGGAAUUAAUCUUCAUCUCUGGCAAAUGACAGUCCACAAACAUUUAAUGAGUAUAUUUUCCCAAAAGCAAGUAGAUGCACAAUUUAAGACUCUUUAUGAGAACCUACUACUUACUUCUGAUGAACUGCUAUCCCAAAGAAUUGCCUGUAAAUCUAGGAAUUUGGGUAACUUUAGCUGCCUCCUGGUAUUAGAUGAAGAGAACAAGAACAUACUUUCUAAUAAAACAUUGAUCUGGAUCUAACUGUAUUUAAUCAUAAUUUUUGGUGCAGAGAUUAAGGGAGUGGUCACUUUUUUUUUAAUUCACUCAUUUUAAAAUAUUCUUACUCUUUUCUAUAAAGAGCUUUAAAAAAGAGCCCCAGCCUGCACAUAAAGUUUAUGAAUCUGUGAAGCACUUGCAUGAUGUGUCAGUGUCGGCUGUGUUGUUACAUGGAUAAGACAUGCUUUUGGAAAUCAUUAGAAAGUAGUGGGAACCGGGAUCUGUGAAGUAGUUCACUUAUGGAAUCUGUAUUUAGUGUCCCCUAUCUUUUUUUCUCCAACAUGGGAAACAAAUAUAAUUUUAUAGAUUUGUGUUCUGGUAAGAUAACAAAAAUUCCAGUCUUUAUCCUGACAAGUCUUUCUAUCCAGUUCCAAAAAACUAAGAUAUUGCUGGUGACAGUGCUAAGUCUAGUUGUAGGAGUGAGAAGAGUGUGUGCAGAGAGGGCGUUGCAGGCAGUGCAGCAGUUGGAGGAGCCAAAUGCCAAUCACCACCAUUUUAGCUUUCUGAUUGGCCAGGCCUGGGAGCCAAUUUAAAAAAGGAAGAAGCUACAAGCUACUUUAAAAACCCUAACAAGCCCAAAAAACUAGCCAAUACGCAACACACAAGUUUUAUGCUGAGUUGGCAAGCCCAAUUUCUGCUUAUUUUGAGCGGCUUUGGUAUCUCAUCCAGUAGCUCACCUUGCUCAAAUCCAGGGGCUACGAAAGGCAAAGAUUAUUGUAUUGUCUUGCCAAGGGAAAGAUAUUUAUCAAAUGUAUAUUAUUUUCCCUUCGAGAAUUUACUGUUUGAUUUGUUUUGCUUGCAUUCAAUUCAGUGCAUUUGUAGUGAUAGACAGCCCUCUAUUUAUCAGCAACUUAUAGAUGCUGGCAUGCUGCAGACUGAAAACCUUUUUUUGUUUUUUAAAGUGCGCAUCUUGUUUUGAAAGGGAAAGCUAAGAACGGAUUGUCACCCUCAUUGAACUCCACCAUUUGAAUUUCUUUACUCCUAGUCAAAUGAAUUAGCAAGUUAUAACGUAUUUCAUACGAACUGUCCAAAACCAGAAUGCUCUGGUUAGUUAAGUGAUAUUACCACAGAGAUACAUAGCAAAGGAAGAGAGAAAAGAGAGACAAAUAAACAUAGACAAUAACUUUUUAGAAGAGACUUUUAAAAAGAAGAGUUAGUGUCAUAGCAUGGAACAGGAACUGCAGAAAACAGAGGCUUUAUCUACAUUGUCUUUAGUGUGUCCCAUGGUUGCAGAUCUAACUUCUUUUGCCACCUCUGCUUUUUAAAAUCCAUUGCUUAUGAGAGCUGUAUCUUAUCGUGCAUACAUCACUAUUUCUACAAGAAAUUUUGUAUGCUUCAUGC